CUCCCUCCUGUCCUGGUUCCUAGACAUACAGAUAUCCCUACAGAGUUCCCUCCUUUAGACGACUACAGCCAUUCUAUCCCUGAGAACACCAACUUCCCCGCCGGCAUCGAGCCACAGAGCAACUACAUCCCAGGUGAGUCACACAACUGGGCCAAGCUAUAAUGUGCUGGUCUGGUUGGUCUUCCACCAUUUCAUUCUGGAAACAUCUUUGAACCUAUAACAGAUAUGAUCCACUCUUUCCCACAGCAUGGACACUAACAGACAUGACCCACCCUUUCCCACAGCAUGGACACUAACAGACAUGACCCACCCUUUCCCACACGCACAGCAUGAACAAGUGUACCCUGAGGUCUUCUGUAGUGUACCCUGAGGUCUUCUGUAGUGUACCCUGAGGUCUUCUGUAGUGUACCCUGAGGUCUUCUGUAGUGUACCCUGAGGUCUUCUGUAGUGUACCCUGAGGUCUUCUGUAGUGUACCCUGAGGUCUUCUGUAGUGUACCCUGAGGUCUUCUGUAGUGUACCCUGAGGUCUUCUGUAGUGUACCCUGAGGUCUUCUGUAGUGUACCCUGAGGUCUUCUGUAGUGUACCCUGAGGUCUUCUGUAGUGUACCCUGAGGUCUUCUGUAGUGUACCCUGAGGUCUUCUGUAGCGUGCAGCAGUCUUGGAGGAAGUUGUUUUAAUAAAUUCAAUAAAACUAUAUGAACUUACCUUAAUGAACUUAAUAGAAAUGUAAUUGGUCACCUGGUGUGAGGCUUUGAUCUCAUGAGUGUUGGUCUUAGUGUUGUUUCAAAGUAGCAAGGUGUGAAGGUCACGUGACGGUUGUCUGAACGUCCUGGGAAUGUUGUGGGAAUGCCAUGUGACGGUUGUCUGAACGUCCUGGGAAUGUUGUGGGAAUGCUGUGGGAAUGCCAUGUGACGGUGGUCUGAACGUCAUGUGAAUGUUGUGGGAAUGCCAUGUGACGGUGGUCUGAACGUCCUGGGAAUGUUGUGGGAAUGUUGUGGGAAUGCCAUGUGGCGCAGUGGCGCAGUGGUCUAAGGCACUGCAUCGCAGUGCUAACUGUGCCACUAGAGAUCCUGGUUCGAAUCCAGGCUCUGUCGCAGCCGGCCGCGACCGGGAGACUCAUGGGCGGCGCACAAUUGGCCCAGCGUCGUCCAGGGUAGGGGAGGGAAUGGCCGGCAGGGAUGUAGCUCAGUUGAUAGAGCAUGGUGUUUGCAACGCCAGGGUUGUGGGUUCGAUUCCCACGGGGGGCCAGUAUAAAAAAAAAUAUAUAUAUAUGUAUUCACUAACUGUAAGUCGCUCUGGAUAAGAGCGUCUGCUAAAUGACUAAAAUGUAAAUGUAAUGUGACGGUGGUCUGAACGUCCUGGGAAUGUUGUGGGAAUGUUGUGGGAAUGCCAUGUGACGGUGGUCUGAACGUCGUGGGAAUGUUGUGGGAAUGUUGUGGGAAUGCCAUGUGACGGUUGGGCUUCUUGUGUGUGUUCCAGAGACCCCUCCUCCUGGGUAUCUGAGUGAGGAUGGAGAGGCUAGCGACCACCAUCUCAACAACAGCGUGGACACAGGUCAGACCACACACAGCCAAUUUGAAAUAUUUCACCCACCCACGCGUGUCCAUCCUGACCCUGUGCUGUCUCUCUCUCGGCUCACCCAGUAACCUGUCACCAGAAACAGCCUCUGUCUCUGUCUCUGUAGGCUCACCCAGUAACCUGUCACCAGAAUCAACCUCUCUCUCUCUGUCUCUGUCUCUGUAGGCUCACCCAGUAACCUGUCACCAGAUCCAGCCUCACCAGCACACAGCACUAACCUGGGUAAGUAACAACUGCUUUUAAUAAUGCAGUCUGUUUCUCUACUAGCAUUCAGCUUUCAGUGUGUUUCAUUAUCUGUGUGGUAACUUGUCUAGUUACUGGUUGUUCAUGUCAUGACUCAAUCAAAGCGUUUCAAUACAACUUUAUUUUUCAAUGUAAAUCGUUCAAAGAGUCAUCAUCAUCUGACUUGGAGAGUUCAGGGCCGUAUCCACAAGCCUCCCAGGAUCAGGUCCCCGCCGUCCAUAUAAUGUUAUUAAUUAUGGAGGUGGACAGAGGAACCAGAGGCUUGGCCUUGGUGCAGGGCAGAAGGCUGACACAGACAAAACCUUUGUCUCCAGUCCUGUGGAUAGGCUAGCUCACAUUCGAGACAGACAGACAGACAGACCAUGGUAAUGUAAUAAAGAUAACAUCCUGUGCGGCAGAUAGCCUGUUUCCUUUGUGCCCUUGAGCAAGGCACUUCACCCUAAUUGCUCCUGUAAGUCGCUCUGGAUAAGAGCGUCUGAUAAAUGACUCCAAUGGAAAUACUGGUUUAUUCUAUCUCAUUGGAUUUAAAAGACACUGGUGGGGGGAUUAUGGGUUUCACAUGGCUGGCUGGCUGGCUGGUUAACUGGCUGGCUGGCUGGCUGGCUGGCUGACUGGCUGGCUAUCUGGCUGGCUGGCUGGCUGGUUAACUGGCUGGCUGGCUGGCUGGUUGGCUGGCUGGGCUGGCUGGCUGGCUGGUUAACUGGCUGGCUGGCUGGCUGGCUGAAUGGCUGGCUGGUUAACUGGCUGGCUGGCUGGCUGGUUAACUGGCUGGCUGGCUGGCUGGCUGGUUAACUGGCUGGCUGGCUGGCUGGCUGACUGGCUGACUGGCUGGCUGUCUGACUGAUUAACUGGCUGACUGGCUGGCUGGCUGGCUGGCUGGUUAUCUGUCUGACUGAUUAACUGGUUGACUGGCUGGCUGGCUGGUUAACUGACUGACUGGCUGGCUGACUGAUUGACUGGCUGACUGGCUGGCUGACUGGUUAAACUGGGUCUGGCUGACUGGUUAACCUGGCUGGCUGGCUGACUGGUUAACUGGUUUAACUGGCUGUUACUGGCUGGCUGGUUAACUGGCUGGACUUGGUUAACUGGACUGACUGGUUAAUUGGCUGGCCGGCCUGGGCAGACUGUGUUAUAUUGGCUGGCUGGCUGGCUGACAGACUGGUUAACUGGCUGGCUGGCUGGCUGACUGGUUAACUGGCUGGCUGGCUGGCUGACUGGCUGGCUGGCUGACUGGUUAACUGGCUGGCAGACUGGUUAACUGGCUGGCUGGCUGACUGGUUAACUGGCUGGCUGGCAGACUGGUUAACUGGCUGGCUGGCUGACUGGUUAACUGGCUGGCUGGCUGACUGGUUAACUGGCUGCCUGGUUAACUGGCUGGCUGGUAAACGGUGUGGCUGGCUGAGUGGUUAACUGUGUGGCUGGCUGACUGGUUAUCUGUCUGACUGAUUAACUGGCUGACUGGCUGGCUGGCUGGCUGGCUGGCUGGUUAUCUGUCUGACUGAUUAACUGGUUGACUGGCUGGCUGGCUGGUUAACUGACUGACUGGCUGACUGGCUGGCUGACUGAUUGACUGGCUGACUGGCUGGCUGACUGGUUAACUGGCUGGCUGACUGGUUAACUGGCUGGCUGGCUGACUGGUUAACUGGUUAACUGGCUGGUUAACUGGCUGGCUGGUUAACUGGCUGACUGGUUAACUGACUGACUGGUUAAUUGGCUGGCUGGCUGGCAGACUGGUUAAUUGGCUGGCUGGCUGGCUGGCAGACUGGUUAACUGGCUGGCUGGCUGGUUAACUGGCUGGCUGGCUGACUGGUUAACUGGCUGGCUGGCUGGCUGACUGGUUAACUGGCUGGCAGACUGGUUAACUGGCUGGCUGGCUGACUGGUUAACUGGCUGGCUGGCAGACUGGUUAACUGGCUGGCUGGCUGACUGGUUAACUGGCUGGCUGGCUGACUGGUUAACUGGCUGCCUGGUUAACUGGCUGGCUGGUAAACGGUGUGGCUGGCUGAGUGGUUAACUGUGUGGCUGGCUGACUGGUUAUCUGGCUGGCUGGCUGGCUGACUGGUUAGCUAUGUGGCUGGCUGACUGGUUAACUGGCUGGCUGGUUGGUUAACUGGCUGGCUGGCUGACUGGUUAACUGGCUGACUGGCUGGCUGGCUGGCUGGCUGGCUGGUUAUCUGUCUGACUGAUUAACUGGUUGACUGGCUGGCUGGCUGGUUAACUGACUGAGUGUCUGACUGGCUGGCUGACUGAUUGACUGGCUGACUGGGCUGGCUGACUGGUUAACUGGCUGGCUGACUGGUUAACUGGCUGGCUGGCGAUGGUUUCAACUGGUUAACUGGGUGGUGAACUGGAUGGCUGGUAACUGGUCUGACUGGUUAACGGACUGACUGGUAAUGGCUGGUGUGGCAGAAUGGUGUAAUUGGAUGGUGGCGUGCUGGCAGACUGGUUAACGGGGGCUGGAUGCUGCCCCGACUCGGUUAAUGGCCGGCUGGAUGGCUGUACUGGCUGGCUGGCUGACUGGUUAAAUGGCUGGCAGACUGGUUAACUGGCGGCUGGCUGACCUGUACCUGGCUGGCUGGCCAGACUGGUUAACUGGCUUGGCUGGGCUCGAAUGGUUUAACUGGUGGCGGCUGAAUGGUUAAUGGCUGACCUGGGCCUUACACAUGCUGGCUGGGUAACCGGUGUGGCUGGCUGAGUGGUUAAAACUGUGUGGCUGUUCUGACUGGUUAUUGUCUGAAUGAGUAUUACAUGGUGGAUCUUGGCUGGCUGCUGGCUGGCUGGCUGAGUUAUUUGUCUGAUCUGAUUAACUGGUCUGACUGGCUGGCGGGCUUGGUAACGGCCUGACGGCUGACGGCUGGCUGAAUGAUCUGACUGGCUGAUUCAGGCUGGCUGACUGGUUAAAUGGCUGGCUGACCUGGUUAACUGGCGGGGCUGGUCUGACUGGUAUCUGGUUAAUCUUGGCUGUGUGGUUGAGUAUCUGGCGGCUGGAACUGGUUGACGGUUAAAGAUUUCUGAUCAUGGUUAAUUGGCUGCUGGAUGUUUCAGACUGGUUAAGUGGCUGGGCUGGGCUGUUAUGACAUGAUUUUUAUGGCUAACUGGCUGGCUGGCGGGUUACACUGAGGCUGAACGACUGGUAACUGGCUGGCUGCGCGUGACUGGUUAACGGCGGGCAGAUCUUGUAUUGGCUUUUAUAUUAUGGAUGGCUGGUGAUGACCCCUGGUACCAACUGGCUGGCUUGGCAGACUGGUUAUUAAUGUCUGUGCUGUGUGUUAUUGUGAUGCAUCUGGGUUAAUUUAAUGUGAUGGCUGGUCUGCGAUUGUUUUAACGGACUGCUGGUUAACUGGCUGGCUUGGUAAAAGGUGUGGCCGGCCUGAGUGGUUAACGUGUGGCUGGCUGAUGGUUAUCUGGCUGGCUGGUGGCUGAUGGUUAGCUAUGGGCUGGAUGAAUGGUUAACUGGCUGAGCUGGUUGGUUAAUCUGGUGGCUGGUUCGACUGGUUAACUGGCUGGUGGCUUGACUGUGUUUUAACUUGGCUUUGCUGGCUGCCUUGCUAUGCUGGGAAAACUGUGUGUGAUGGCUGUUGGGGUUAAACUGUGUGGCUGGUGCUCUGUGGUAACUGUGUGUGCUGGAUGAUGGUUAUAUGGCCUGGCUGGCGCAUGGUUAAACGGGGUAUGCGUAAAUGGCUGGUGGCUGACUGGUUAGCUAGGUGGCUCGGCGACUCGUUAAUGGCUGGCUGCUGGUUAAUGGCCGGUAGGUUGACUGGUUAAGGCGUGGUUGCUGCUGACAGGUUUAACUGGCUGAAUGGUUAACUGGCUGACUGGUUAACUGGCUGGCAUGGAUGGAUGUAUUGUGCAUGGCCUGGACUUGCUCUGAGUUGAGCGGCUUGAGUCACAAGCAUGUGGCCUAACUCAUGGUGCACAUUCCAUGUAUUAUAUUGCGUCCAGUUGUGUGUAGGUCACCUGCUUAACCACAUCUACUAACACAUGAUGCCUUACUCUCUCUCUCUCUCUCUGUCUCUAUAUCCGCUCUCCUACUCUGCUGUCCCUCUCCUCUCGGUCUCACUCUCUCUCCGUCUAUCUCUCUCUCUGUCUCCCUAUCAUCUCUGUCCUCUCUUCUCUCUCUACUCUCUAUAUCAUCUAUCUCGCUCUAUUCGUCUUCUUCUGUAUUGUCUCUGUCUCUGUCGUCUGUGUCUCUGUGACCCUCUCUCUGUCUCUCUUCUCUCUCUCUCUCUAUCUAUGUCUCUCUACAGAACUCCAGAUCAGUAUAAUUCGACUGUGAGUCAGCUUUUGGUGCUCUAUGCUAUAUUAUGAGUUGAACCAGCGUGUGGGUGAGACCUUCCAUGCCUCCCAGCCCUCUCUCACUGUCGACGGCUUUACAGACCCCUCCAACUCAGAACGCUUCUGUCUGGGACUACCGGUCCAACGUCAACCGCACGCUGCAUGGAGCUCCACACGCGUUCACAUAGGUACAGCUCGCACCCACAUAAACGGGACCCCUGACCCAACAUUGGUGUCCUUGUCCGGUCAGCUGUAUUCAUUGGUGUCCUUGUCGUGUCAGCGAUAUACUUGUGUCGGUCGGUGCACUGUAUAGUGUCAGUUGCCCCGGUCUAGUUGUUCAGUUGCCCUGUAUAGUUUUGUCAGUUGCCCUGUCUUAGUGUCAGUCUGACGUCUAGGUGGUCCAGUACUUUGGCUUAUUUAUGUACUUUGAGAUUAUGCGGUAUAAGAAAAACGGCUUUACAAAUGUACAUAAAUUCAUUCUCUUAGUAUUAUUAUUUAGGAUUGAUGAUAUUAACUACCCUGAUGGUGCGAGGUGUCACGGUUUCGGCCGAGGCUGCCUCUCUUCCCUGAUCGGGCAGGUUCGGCGGUCGUCGUCUCCGGAAAUACUAGCUGCCACCGUUGCAUGUUUCUAUGUUGUUGCUUAUGUCGAUUGUUGUUACACCGUUAUAGGUUAGUGUAAUUCGGCUCCCAUAAGUUCUCGUUGUGUUUGCAUCUAGUGUUGUGUGUAUUGUUUUACUGAGUGCAGGUAGGCUGUUAUUUAUGUUUGAUCGGUGAGCUAUUUCCAUAUUACUUGGAGGUUUUAGUCGCCACUUGUUAUUCGGCCCGUUAUUUUCGCUACGUGCGGAGUUUUCGCCCUCAGGGCAUUUAUUCGUGAUGUUUUUGUGUGCAUAUACUAAAAGCUUUGGACUAACGUUCUGCGUCUGCGCCUGAUUCCCCCACCACACCCACCUACAUCUACCUUGACAGUAGGUUUGUAAUGGUAUAGUAAUGGUGGUAGGUGUGUAGUGGUAUAGUAAUGGUGGUAGGUGUGUAAUGGUGGUAGGUUUGUAAUGGUAUAGUAUCACUAGGGUGUUGUGUUACCUCUGUGUCUGCAUUGGUCAGUGUGAUGGAAGUUUUGUACCUACAGUACUAAUAAAAAUUUGGACACACCGACUCCUUCAAGGGUUUUUCUUUAUUUUUACUAUUUUCUACAUUGUAACUAUAAUCAAAACUAUGAAGUAACACAUAUGGAAUCACGUAGUAACCAAAAAAGUGUUAAACAAAUCAAAAUAUAUUUUAUACUUGAUAUUCUUCAAGUAGCCACCCUUUGCCUUGUUUACAGCUUUGCACACUCUUGCAUUCUCUUCAACCAGCUUCACUGGAAUGCUUUUCCCAAACAGUCUUAAAGGGAGUUCCCACAUAUGCUUUUUUGGUUGCUACAUGAUUCCAUAUGUGUUUUUUCAUAGUUCUGAUGUCUUUACUAUUUUCUCAAGUAGAAAAUAGUAAAAUAAAAAAAAACCCUUGAAUGAGUCGGUGUGUCCAAAAUUUUGAUUGGGACUGUAGGUACAAACUUCCCAUCACACUGACCACAUGCAGACACAGAGGUAACAACACCCUAAAUGAUACUAUAAAACCCUUUUCAAAACCUACCACCAUUACACACCUACCACCAUUACUAUACCAUUACACACCCUACCACCAUUACUAUACCAUUACACACCUACCACCAUUACUAUACCAUUACACCCCUACCCCCUUACUAUGUCCUUUACAACCCCCUACCACCAUUACUAUACCUUACACACCUACCACCAUUAAAUAUACCAUUACACACCUACCCCCCAUUACUAUGCCGUUACACACCUACCACCAUUACUAUAACCAUUAAAACACCUACCCCAUUACUUACCAUUACCCCCACCUACCACCAUUACUAUACCAUUACACACCUACCACCUUACUAUACCUUACAACAACCUACCCCAUUAAAAACCUUACAACCACCACCAACUAUACGUUACAAACCUACCACCAUUACUAUCCAUUACACACUACCACCGUUACAACACCUACCACCAUUACACCUACCACCGUUACACACCACCACCAUUACUAUACCUUAACAACCUCCCACAUUACUAUACCAUUACAAACAACCUAACCACCAUUACUAUACCCUACAACCUACCACCAUUUCUAUACAUUCCACCUACCCCCGUUAACACACCUACCACCAUUACCACCUACCACCGUUACCCCUACCACAUUCUUACCUUACACCCUACCACCAUUACUAUACCCUUACACACCUACCACCCCUUACUAUCCAUUACAAACCUACCACCAUUUCUUAUACCAUUACCACCACCACCAUUUCUAUACCAUUACACACCUACCACCAUUACUAUCAUUCCACCUACCACCAUUACUAUACCGUCAAACCUACCACCAUUACUAUAACCAUUACACCUCCACCUUACACACCCCACCACCAUUACAACUAACCCCCCUUUUCAAACCCCACCACCAUUACUAUAAACCCUUACCACCACCCACCACCAUUACUAUAACCAUUACACACCUACACCAUACUAACCAUUACAAACCUCCACCGUUACACACCUACCACCAUUACUAUACCAUUACACACCUACCACCAUUACUAUACCAUUACACAAACCCACCACCAUUACUAUAAACCCUUUUCAAAACCUCCACCAUUACUAAAACCGUUACAACCUACCCCAUUACUAUACCAUUACACCCCCUACCACCGUUACACACCUACCCCAUUACUAUAACCCUUACACACCCACCACCAUUACACCCACCACGUUACUAUACCCUUACCACCUACCACCAUUACUAUAACCAUUACAACACCUACCACCGUUACCACCUACCACCCCUUUUUAUAAAACCAUUACAAAACCUACCACCAUUACUAUACCAUUACACACCUACCACCAUUACUAUACCCUUACAAAACCUACCAACCGUUACACACCUACCACCAUUACUAUACCAUUACACACCUACCACCAUUACUAUACCAUUACAAACCUACCACCAUUACUAUACCAUUACACACCUACCACCAUUACACACCUACCACCAUUACUAUACCAUUACAAACCUACCACCAUUACACACCUACCACCGUUACUAUACCAUUACACACCUACCACCAUUACUAUACCAUUACACACCUACCACCAUUACACCCUACCACCGUUACACACCUACCACCAUUACACACCUACCACCGUUACUAUACCCUUUCACACCUACCACCCUUACACACCUACACCGUUACAACACCUACCACCUUCUAUCCUUACAACCCCUACCACCAUUUCAUAACCGUUACCCCAAACCCACCACCAUUACUAUAAACCAUUACACACCUACCACCAUUACAUACCAUUACCAAAACCUACCACCGUUAAAAAACCUACCACCGUUUCCACCCCUACCACCGUUACUAUACCGUUACACACCUACCACCAUUACUAUACCAUUACACCCUCCCCCCAUUACACCCUACCACCCAAUUACUACCCUUACAAAACCCACCACCAUUACUAUAACCAUUACACACCUACCCACCCUUACAAACCUACCACCAUUACUAUAAACCCUUAACACCACCCCCCAACACACCGCCCACCAACAACCCGGGUUAAAAAACCUACCCCCAAUUAUUUAUACCAUUACACACCACCCCCUUUAAACCAACACCACCCCUUUACACCCCUACCACGUUACCCUGAGGGGCCCGCAGGGGUUUCAAAGGGCACUGCAUCGUGGGUUUCUAGCUGUGCCAUAGAGAUUGUUAAGAAUAAAGGUAUGUUUUCCCCGGGGGGAAAGGGGCCCCGGGGGAGCCCCAAUGGGGGGCGGGCGCAAAAUUGGCCCAGCUUUGUCC